GAUUCAUUCCGGCUUUUCACACUUUCAAAGAAGCUGCAUUUGCUGGUUAUUUUGGUCCAAUAGGAAUUGGCGCUAUAUUCUUAGCUAUGACUGUUGAAAAAGAAAUCAGUAGAAGACUAAAUGAUGAAUUAAGAGAUAUUGAUGACGGAUCCAUGUUACGUAUUCAAGAAAUAACUUUUCCAAUUGUUGCAUUCAUUGUCCUCAGCUCGGUGAUCGUACAUGGAAUCACUGUUCCAAUACUUAAUUUUGGUUCAAGAAUUGAUAUCGAACGAUUUCCAAGUAUAGCUAGUAUCAGCAGUCAAGUAGCAAGACUACCAGUAAUAGAUUUUGUCGAAAGUUUAACUUUAGAAAGAGAUAAUAAGGGUCGCGUAAGGAAGAAGGAAAAGAUGAAGGCUGAAUUUGCACCUAAAAACAAAGAUGAAUUCUAUCAGGAUGUUCACAAGGAAAAUAUGGAAGAGGAGCAAAAUGAGGGAAAUGGUGUUUAUAUACAUAAUCAUAUAGAAACUGAUUUAUUAAUUGAAAAUGAGCAAAAUGACCAAGAUAAUGUUAAUUCUGUUGAUUACCAUUGGUUACACUCUA